UUUAAAUGCACAAAGAUAAGAUUAAGGUUCCUAAUCAACAAGACUAUAUAACUUUGGUUUACAAUCUGCAGACAUUUAACCUUCAGAUGACUUAACAUUAAAUGUUGGUGUAAAGAGAGAAGUCCAUAUGUAGAAAAUAUUUAGAUAUUCACAAAGAGAACACAAUCUGAUUGUAAGUUCUCCCCCUCGGAGCAAAGUUAAAGACACCAGGCUGUCGAGUAUCACUUCAAACCAGCGUCUCUCCAGGUCUCUGCACUCUGAUAAUAAAAUAGAAACUGGGAGAGACAGAAGCCUCAGCAGGAAAGUGUUCUCUCUACAUCCCUCCAGAUAUCGUGAACAUAGUUAUAUCAUCACUGGUUGUAACCCACAUUGAAUAUUAUUCUUUUUUUUUUAGCUGCAGCCAGAAGGAGGGAUGCAGAAAAGAUGCAAAAAGAGCUGCUGGACUUGCUUUAAACUGUUCUUAUCUCUCUAGCAUUAAUAAAAUGCUUUCCAGACGGUCUUAUCCGUCUGGGAAAACCAGACUUCACUUAGUAUCCUGGUGUUCAUUAGAAAAAACAUCUUCUUAUGUGAAUACACCACCUAAAAUAUUUGACUAGAACUGGUAUGAAGGGUCAAUUGUCAUCCAAGAACUGAAACAUAUUAUUUAAAAGGUCUAUUUAAAUACAGAGCUGUGUUGUAAUAACGUCUAAAAGCAUCUGUUAAUGAAUAGAGCUCAAAUUAUAUGUGUUGAUUAAUGGACCCCAGGAAGAUGAGCAAGUCUGUUAAUGGCAGCUGAAGAGGGUCCUCUUCACAAGAACUAUAAACAUGCCACUGAAAUAGGAAAUACGAUUUGUUUAUUUUUUUAUUUCUUUCCUUAAUUUGUUCUCUUGUUUUUUAUGUUUGUUUCGGUUGUGUUCCAUAUUAUUUACCCCCUUGAAAACAAGACGAUACAUCUCAAUGGGUUUAUCCAAUGACAAUAAAGGUCUAGAAUAUUUAGCUGAGGGACCAAAUUGUAAAAAAUUUAACAAAUUCAGACCUGGACAUCUAGAUGAACGAGUUAUGUCGAGGCCACAGCCUCUCCAGAAGCACUGAGGUCAACAUGUUUGCAUUUCUUUUCUGUUUUCAUGUGUUGCUCAGCUGAUGUAAAAUCCUCCCUCAGCAAAACACGUGCAUCUAAGUCACGUCAAUUUAUUCACAGAGCACAUUUAUAAACAACAUAUGUAAAGCAGCUCAAGUGUUUUGCAGAGAUGAGAAUUACAGUUGAACACACACGUACAAUUAAAGACAUCUAGGUCACAUGAAAUUUAGUUUUUUGCAUUUGCAUGUUUUGAACCACAGUUGUAACCUGUAGUCAUCUUUGAUAUUUUUGUUCCUUUAUUUUAUUUAGUCUCAUUUUAACCUCCACAUCUCGACUUCUUUUAAGAUGCAAAUCACCAAGUCGAUACUUAUCGUGUUUCCCAGAUCAAGGCAUCAGGCCUCGGACGCAGAGCUGCUCCCCAGGGGCCGCACCGUGUCCACUGCUCACUGCAUCAAUAACAUGGAGCAAAUACUGAGAAUUAAUUUCUCCACUGAGAUCAAUUAAAGACAUUUUCUCAAGUCCAGUCCCCUGCAGGAGUCUUAACCAAAUCCAUAGAGGUGUGUUUACACAAGGAGGGAAACAGCUUUGGGUUUGUCAUGAGAGGAGGCUUCCAUGAAGACUGGCGCAGGUCUCGUCCACUGGUGGUUACUUACGUCAGACCAGGGGGUCCUGCUGACAGAGAGGCCACGUUGAAGGCCGGGGACCGAGUAUUGAGCAUAGACGGGAUGCCUUUAAACAGGGAGAAGCACGCUGACGCUCUGACCAUGCUGAUGCAGAGCGGCCAGGAAGCUCUGUUCCUGAUUGAGUAUGACGUCUCUGUCAUGGAGGCGGUGCAGCAAGCCUCAGGCCCUCUGCUGGUGGAGAUAGUGAAGGGUCCCUCUGCCAGCCUGGGGAUCAGCCUCACCACAACAAUAUACAGGAGCAAACAAGUUAUUAUCAUUGACAAGAUCAAGGCAGCGAGCGUGGUGGAGAGGUGUGGAGCGCUGCAUGCAGGGGACAUCCUCCUGUCCAUAGACGGGACCAGCACUGAGCACUGCCACCUGAUGGAGGCCACGCAGCUACUCGCCAGCACCUCCGAUGUCGUCAAACUGGAGAUUCUCCCAGCGAGUCAGAGCAGACUUCCUGUCAGGCCACAAGACACAGUAAAAGUGCAGAAGAGCAACCAUCAUCACUGGGACCAAAGCAGCAACUACUGCCAUCCCCCACACGCCAGCCACAGCAAGACAUGGAGCAGCCCCAGCCACCCACACAACCAGCAAGACCACUGCAAAUCUCUGGUGAGUGGGGGCUUCUCCCCUUCCUCCACUGCCACCUCAGGCUUCAGCAGCCAGGGCAGCAACACACUGCCCUGCUCCGUCCCUCCGAUGGCGCCCAACAGCCCCCGCAGCACGACCAGCAAGAGGAGGAACAGGAAGAAGGACCACAAGAGCUCACUGUCUCUGGCGUCCAGUUCUGUCGGCCCGGGGGGGCAGAUUUUUCACGUGGAAACGAGCGAGGUCUUCCUGAGGGGGGAUCCGCUCACAGGUUUCGGGCUCCAGCUGCAGGGGGGUGUCUUUGCCACAGAAACCCUGUCCGCUCCCCCAGUCAUCCGCUUUAUUGAGCCCGACAGCCCAGCUGAGAGGUGUGGGCUGCUGCAGGUUGGAGACAGACUCUUGUCCAUCAACGGGAUCCUAACUGAGGACGGCACUUUGGAGGAAGCUCAUCAGCUGCUCAGAGACUCGGCUCUGGCCAAUAAGGUCACAGUGGACGUUGAGUUUGACGUAGCAGAGUCGGUGGUUCCCAGCAGUGGCACCUUCCAUGUGAAACUACCCAAGAGGAGAGGAGUGGAGCUGGGCAUCACCAUCAGUGCGAGUAAGAAACCUGGCAAACCCCUCAUCAUCUCCGACAUCAGAAAAGGAAGUAUAGCACACAGAACAGGCACCCUGGAGCCCGGAGACAGGCUGCUGGCCAUCGACAGCGUGCGGCUGGAGAACUGCACCAUGGAGGACGCCAUGCACGUCCUUCAGCAGGCCGAGGACAUGGUCAAGCUGCGGAUCCAGAAGGACGAGGACAACAUUGAUGAGUUGGAGAUGUCCGGCUCUAUAAUCUACACAGUGGAGCUGAAGAGAUACAAUGGACCACUGGGCAUCACGAUUUCUGGCACAGAGGAGCCCUUCGACCCCAUCGUCAUUUCUGGCCUCACUAGGAAAGGGCUGGCAGAGAGGACCGGUGCCAUCCAUAUAGGGGACCGAGUCCUGGCCAUCAAUGGGGUCAGUCUGAAGGGAAAGCCACUGAGCGAGGCCAUCCACCACCUGCAGAUGGCCGGGGAGUCCGUCACCCUCAAGAUCAAGAAACAAGCAGACAAGUCUGAUGGUCGACAGUCUCUGGACAGAGAAGCUGGGUUUCUCAGUGAUCCAGAGGACGAACUGAUGGACUCCCAUAAGAUGAGUAAACACUCGGAGGUCUAUUCUGCCACUGUUCCCAGUAUAGACUCUGCCAUGAGCUCCUGGGACAGCUCUGGGUUCGACGCGGGGUACAGCAGCCAAGGUACAUAUCUUCACAAAACCUCCGAUAUAUUGCUCAAUCCAAGCGACUGGAGGCGCACUCAGCUCAGGAGCCACACGAAUUCAAGCUCUGCGGGUUUAGUCCACCACUCGGCGCUGUAUGACGGGAGGUUCAGUGAGGAUGAGUGGGACAAGAUACCAGGAUUCGUCAGCCCUCCUCGUUGCCAUGGCACCCUAAACCAUGACGACAGCUUCUGGUCCCAGGCUCUGCAGGACCUCGAGACCUGCGGCCAAUCGGAGAUUCUCAGGGAGCUGGAGGCAUCCAUGACAGGUAGUGCACUUAGUCUAUACCUAGAGGAGACCAAGACCAAUGAGGACUUGAUGUUUCAGUCUGAAUUUAGUCCCAUUAAAAGGGAGGGAAUCAACCACACGGAGUCAAAGACUAAAAGUAGCCUGAACACAUCGGCUGGAGCCAGAAAUGCAGCGGCCAGGGGCAGAGGGGACCUCUGCGACGGUUUGUCCAGUACGACCCUGGCACUGCACAAGGUGACCGUAAGGAAAGACCUGGAGAGCCAUGACUUUGGUUUCAGUGUGUCUGACGGGCUCCUGGAGAAAGGGGUUUUCGUCAACAUGAUCCGUCCUGAUGGCCCAGCUGAUCAGGCGGGUGUAAAGCCUUUCGACCGCAUUCUUCAGGUGAACCGUGUGAGAACCAGGGACUUGGACUGUUGUCUGACUGUGCCCCUAAUUAUGGAGGCUGGAGACAGUCUGGACUUGGUCAUUAGCAGGAAUCCACUGGCAGCAGCAGACACCGGGCUGCCUGACGACUGUGACGAACCCUCAAACUCACUGUUCUGCUUUCCCGAACACAUGACCAGCAGCAUCGCCCUGUGAUCGCAAAGAAAAGACACCGGUCCUGGGACACACACCAAACGCGUCACGCACAGUUUAGUUUGUCACAUUGUACCUCUCAGAGAGACCUUCACACUCAUGUUCCGCUCGCAGAGCAUCCGCUCACAUGCACAAACACAAACCGCCACUCUCCACCCCCUGAAAGCAUUUGUCACUCACAAAGCUACAAGUGCAUGUUGUUCACUGUUCCCGGUUUUAUGCACCGUUCCGUGGAGGCUCUGAAUCUUCCCACCUCCCCUCCUCCCCCACAACACCAGAGGCAAAGCCAUAUGUAGAGUUAUAUAACAGGGGUCUCAUGGCUUCUGACGGAGCCAGGAUGUCAUCACACACACACACACACACACACACACACACACACACACACACACACGUAACCACAGCAUACAUUUACCUUCCUUUCCUGUAAUGGGAUUCAUGUUCUGAUUCAAAGAACAAGAAUCCAGUUGUGCAAAGUGGAUUUUUUUUUUCUUUAUGUUGAACACAAAAGACUCAUGCAUUGCUCUAUAUGCAUAGAACACACACAUGCCCGCCCACACAUAGAUGGGGGGUGGGGGUGGACUGAGUUAUUUCAGCCAUGUCUUGGCUCACUGCCCCUGUUUCCAGUCUCUCCUCCACACUGCGCCCCCCCCCCCACAGAAUGGACAGUGCCUCCAAAUAGACAGAAACCUCCCAGCUACUUUCCAAGUAUCAUGAACUAUAAUUUACACCCCUUAUAUCUAAAUACCACAAAUUUGUAUUUAUUAUAAUUUUUUGGUUACUUUCUUUUUUAAUCCACACACAAAGUUUACAAAGAUUGUUUUGCACGUUCUGCAAGUUUCUUUUCAACACCGCAUUUGCAUACACAGCCCACGUUUUCAUCCAAAAAUUCACUUUCACUUUUUCACUUUCACUGUGAGUUUGAGUUUCUGUUUGUGGCACCAGAAUAUUUUUUGUUAUGGUUCGUGGUCUAUCACUGAUUUUUUUUCCUUAAAUGAAUCACAUCCUUUACCGGAACAGAGGAUGAAAUGCCUUUUACAUUUUCAGUGACGAAUGAUUUCACUCUACGUCUGACAAGGUUUUUCCAUCAGUGGGAUUUGUUUGUGCCAUACCAGUAUCUAUAAGCAUGUUAAGCAUGCAUAAGUAGCUCUUCCUCGUAAAACAUAAAAAAAAACAAAACACUGGAUUAAUCUCUGCACCAACUGGAUUUCUGUGCGAGUGCUUCACCCUUUUUCUUUAAUCAUGAAAUUGUUUUUUUAUAAAGCAUAUGUGUAACAAAUCUGGUGUCGAUCAAGCUGCCUCUCUGGAAAUUAAUACUAAUUUAAUACGUCUUGCCUGAUGUGAACAUGUGAGAUCAUUGCGGUUUUAUUAAGAGCAUUCUCAGAGACGGGUUCAUCCUUUUUCAAAUCUUAUUUCUGAAUCAUGUCUUUUAUUAAAUGUCAUGUACUGACGUCGAUUCUUGAAAUUUUAUAUUAAUUUAAUGUAUUGUACCUUUUUAUUUUUACUGUAUAAUGUAUCAUGGUAUGCAGUGCUUUAUUUUUAUUGAUCGUACAUGAACAUACGGUGUAGUGUCUUCAUUUAAGCUGUGAUACUGAAUGUGGCUGCACAUUUCUUUGGGUUGAUUACCACAUCCUCCCUGAAUAUGUCAGGAAUCUGUUCGAAAGAACUUGAAAGAUUAAUUGGAUAUUAUUUUAUUUUUGUUAUUUAAUUUAUUAUAAACUAAGAAAUGUAUUUCUUUUUAUGGAAAUAAAAUUAUGAAACCAUAGAUAGUU